GCGGGGGCGGCGGGGGCGCGGGCUCGGGCGGCGCCGCCAUGAACGCGGCCGUGGUGAAGCGGACGCAGGAGGCCCUGGGGAAGGUGAUCCGGAGGCCGCCGCUGACGGAGAAGCUGCUGAACAAGCCCCCGUUCCGCUACCUGCACGACAUCAUCACGGAGGUGAUCAGGGUGACUGGUUUCAUGAAGGGCCUCUACACGGAUGCCGAGAUGAAGUCCGACAACGUUAAGGAUAAAGAUGCAAAAAUUAGCUUCCUUCAGAAGGCCAUAGACGUGGUGGUGAUGGUUUCAGGAGAGCCGCUGUCGGCGAAACCAGUGCGGAUCGUGGCCGGGCACGAGCCUGAGAGAACUAACGAGCUGCUGCAGAGAAUUGGAAAGUGCUGCCUCAGCAAGCUCUCCAGUGACGAUGCGGUGAAACGAGUGUUGGCUGGAGAGAGGGGGGACGCGAAGGCAAGGACCUCCCUGACGUCCAAGUCUCAGGAAUUGGACAACAGGAAUGCGCGAGAGGAAGGGCCCGGAGUUCGUGAAGAUAAAGAGGAUAAAAGAUAUUCUGAGAUAAACGAGGAAAGUGCGAGGAGAGACCAGAAACAGAGGGAAGAAGUGAAAGAAGAAAGCAAAGUACAAGACAAGGACAAGGACAAGGACAAGACGAUGGAGAACGACCGUGAGAGACACAAGGAGCCGGAGAGGGACAAGUACCGAGAAGGAGAGAGAGAGCGAGCCAGGAACCGGGCCAAGCAGGACAGGGACAGAGGCACCCGAGAGCGGGACAAGGACAUGGAGCGCGAGAGAGAGCGACGGAGUGAGGCCGGGAAGGAGAAGGAGAGACGGAAGGAGCGAGAGCGAGAGCGAGAGCGGGAGCGAGACAAGGGCCGGGACAGGGACCGCGACAGGCGGAGGGGCAAGGACGGGGACCACUCCAGGAACCCCGACAGGGAGAAGAGCAGAGAGCACGACAAACCGGAGAGGAAGUCCUCGAACUCAGGGGAGGUGUCUAAAAAGUUGUCAGAUGGAUCUGUGAAAGACUCCAAAGCUGAAACAGAGACUGAGGUUUCCACUAGAGCGUCUGGGUCCGUGACAGCAAAGAUGUCAAAACGGCGAUCCAAAAAUUCAAUGGAAGGAAGAAGGGACUCUAGAACCAGUGAAAAUAGUGCCUCCCCUGAAAAACAACAUAACCCUUCCUACAGUAAAGCUAAGAAGGAACAUACCGUGAAACAGCUCGGAAGAAAGGAAGAUAGUAUCUCAGCUAAAAUUUUAGGCUCCAUAGUGUCUGGAUUAAAUAAUGAACCAGAUCAGGGAACUACGACCUCGGAUAUAGGCACAAAAGAAGCUACUACUAACUCAGCUAACGUUUCAGACGAUAAUUCCGCUAGUCUGAGGCGUGAGCACGUCGAGCCAGAGCCAGCAGCGAAGCAGAAAGGUGACUCCCCUAGUGAUACAGAAGAAGUCGGACCUUCUGUCCAGGAGAAAUCCGAGCUGCCGAGCGAGCUUCCGGCCAACAUCAGAAAACCACCUCGGCCUGGGAGUGCGAGACCAGCGCCUCCCCGGGUGAAGCGUCAAGACGGGGCGGAGGCGCUCACGGCGGACAGGACAGGGAGUGGCAAAGCCGUGGCCAGUGUAAUUGUAGACGCACAGAACUCCGACGGUGAGGAAGACGACCAGUUUGUGGUGGAGGCCGCCCCCCCGCUCCCUGAGAUGUCCGAACUUGAAGUGGUGCCAGCGGUAGACGUGGAGGAAGAGGAGAAACAUGGAGGGCUUGUGAAAAAGAUUCUGGAGACCAAGAAAGACUAUGAGAAGCUUCAGCAGCCACCCAGACCUGGAGAGAAGGAGAAAUUGCUGGUCUCUGAGUCAGCGUGGAAGAAGGAGAAGGACAUCGUCUCCAAGGAGAUCGAGAAGCUGCGUGUGUCCAUCCAGAGCCUGUGCAAGAGCGCACUUCCCCUGGGGAAGAUCAUGGACUACAUCCAGGAGGACGUGGACGCCAUGCAGAACGAGCUGCAGCUGUGGCACCGUGAGAACAAGCAGCACGCCGAGGCUCUGCGGGAGGAACAGAGCAUCACGAACUGUGCCGUGGAGCCCCUGAAGGCCGAGCUGGCGGAGCUGGAGCAGCUGAUCAGAGACCAGCAGGACAAGAUCUGCGCCGUGAAGGCCAACAUCCUGAGGAACGACGAGAAGAUCCAGAAAAUGGUGUGCAGCAUCACUCUGAGUUCCAGAAGGUGAAUGCUCGGACGUCUCGGAAGCCGCCCGCCCUCCUCGGGCCGAGAAUAAAAAGGCAGAGAGAGCCUCGCUCCUCUCUAAGCUCAGUUUCCUGAAAAAAAUGAAGUUUUCGGUGUCCUCCGACCGACGCGCAGGCUCGCUCCCGCCCGGAAGGGCCGUGUUCUCGUACCUUCCUCCCGCGGGCGUGUGGCCCGUGGAGGGGACUCCCACACGCGUAUUCUCCGUGUCUCGGCCGCGGCCUGUGUGCUCAGCUCUGUGCCAGAAUCCUCCAGCAGGCGAGCGGUGCUGGCGCGCCGAGGGAGACCCGCGUCCCUCGUCUUCAGGUCUCAGGCCUCGAGUCGGGCACUGGCACUUACAUGCAGAGCGAGGUCGACUUUGAUGAGCAAGGUCGACUUUGAGUUCAUCCCCCCUUGCAGAGGGGUCAUCUGAGCCUGUAUCUCUAGGAGGCACGCGGGAGGUUUUUAAACCUCUUACCCACGGCCCGCGCUGCUCGAGGUCAUUUUCUCAUGGGUCCCUGUUGCCUCUGGCUUGUGUUUACAGCCUUAAAGUUCAGAGAUUUGAGGAGGUUUCAGUGUGUCCUUGGCGGGUGUCUGGCCCCCGGGUUCUCCCCACGGAGGCAGCAGUGAGCCCGGGUGGGGGGCCUCGCUGUCCUGCGCCCGCGGCUUCGGCCUCUUCCCUCUUCCGCGCUCAGUCUUGCGUCCCUGGGAGGCAGGAAGACUUCGAAGGAUGCACCAGUUGACCCCAUUUUUUUGAUGUUACCAUUUUUUUGGGAAAUUGUUUUUUAAAGCAAGGCUUUUUAAAAACAUGGUUUAUAUUUAGUUUUUCACAUACGAUAUCGCCAACAUUUACGAAAGUCUUAACUUCGUACGUAAAGGCUUUCCCCUGGUCAGAGACAUACUCACAGGUCUUGGGUUCUGGGUCCCGAUACCGUUAUUUCUAGAUAUUUGUUGUGUGAACCACGCAGUGCCAUUGAAACGCUAGAAUUGCCUGAGGAGUUUUGCUUCUUUAAGGAUUAGCACGAAUGGCAUGGGUAGGUUUUCUUCCUGGCAUUUCCAAAAUACGUCCUUUUCUAAGGUAGUUACGUGAUCUUCCAAGCUGAAUACGCUCGACAUCCGAUGAUUAAGUUCCGCCGUUUCCACACACGGGCCAUCUCCUCGUUUCUACAGCGCACCGUUAAAUUGUGUGAUCAGAUUGUGCUGAGUACAUUGUUGGAGGCGGACGGCCGGCCAGUUAACUGUCCUUCGUACACUUCUCUUCUCUCCUACUAAGUUGAACGACUUAGCCCUACAGGGACUGUUUUGCUUCAAGAUGUCUGCCUUUUAUGAAUUUGUGUAUCUGAAUAGAGUUUUUGUGUUGCAAAAAAAUUGCAUACAUUUUAUGAGGCAGAUUUUGUAUGAAGUAGUUUAUCAAAUUGUAUCAUAAAAUUUAUUUUUAUUCUAUACAUAAAUCAUUAAAAACGAUCACAUAUUUUUGCUAGAAGCGUAUGGGUUGUGCAAUUGAGUUCACACCUGGAAAAAACAUUUAUAAGCAUUUGGGGGUUUUUUUAUUUUCAAAUGUGUGUAUUUUGCUUUUUCUGGUGAAGAAAGUUCAGGGAAAUUUAUCUUUUCAUUCAUACCAUGACACUUACACCUCUUCUGUGUAAAUUGAGGUUUUAUAAGCCAGGUAAGCAUUUAUCAGAAAUUUCAGGAUCAUUCAUGAAGUUAUAGAAAGUCUCUGCAUGUGAUUAUGACCGUAUCUUAUCGUAGGCACAGUCAGUCCUCAGGUUAUUCAUUACUUUGAGAAGAUACACAAAGGAGAUCAUUAAGUGUUUUCCUCUACUUUGGCUGAGACAUUUCCAGGAAGUACUGAAGUCACACUGCAGGAGUUUUAAUUUAAAAGUUGAGCUGACGCUAAUUUACAUUCGAAGAGAAUGCAUAAAGCUUUGGAAA